ACACCGCUCUACACAAAAAGUAUCUUUUAGAUCGCCACAUUCCUUAUGCAGCUGCGAGCUUAUCUAUCUCCAUCAAGCUGAAGGGCAGGGCGAGGGAUGACACUUUUAUCUAUCAAAUGAAGAAAUGGUGCCUGCCUGUGACUUCACUCCCUAAUACCAUACCAGCACACCAGCGGUUUCCCAGGUCUCUACUUAACCCUUACAUAUCCCAACACUUGGCACUUCUUUGUAGUCUUCUUCUUUGUGUUCAUAUUCAGUGGUUCUUGUUUUUCAAAUUCAGGUAUCUCUGCAAUGGUUGAUUUGCUUUUUUCAUUUCUGAUCUUUUUCACAUUUAACCUUCUUCAUCUUUUUCUUCUACUUUUCUUUGGUCAUUGUAUUUGGUCUUCUUCAUGCUAGGCCUCCUUUUGCAUGUUCUCCAUUUUCCAGGAGGAGAGUGAUAGUCUAAAUGGUUAAAGCAGAAGCAUCUGGGAAUCAGGACUUCUCAUUUCUAUUUAUAAGUCUGGAAGGAAAGUGGAAUUUAGGGUUGAACUAAGAGGGCCUAGGAGUCAGGACUCCAGCAUUUUAUUCCUACCUUGGGUCUUUGCAGAGCAAGUUUCUGUGGGAAAGAAUUCAUUACGGUCUUCAUGCAAAACUAUGUCCAAAGUGUCAGAGCAGAUUGCAAGCUGUUUAUCACUGGUUACCAUGCCUCCACUACGGUUACUGUGACAGUGAACAAGGGUACGUUCCGGAGAAUGACACCUGUUGGAGAAGGACAGACAGUGACCGUGCAGAUCCCAGCCUCUGUAGAGAUGUUUGGGAGCCAAACAUUUGAUAGCACCAUCCUCAUUCAGGCUGACAAAAACAUCUCUGUCCUGUCUGUUAACUCAAAGCCCAAUUCCAUCGAUACCACUGUAGUGUAUCCCAUUGAGAAGCUGGGUACUGUAUAUUACAUUGUAACUCCAUCUGGCAAAAAUUCAGGCAACAAAGAGUUUGCUGUCAUAGCAGGGCAGGCUCCCACUACAGUUGAUAUUUAUUUGAAGGGGGCUGUAAUUUUCAAACGCUGGAUCUAUGCUGCUGGGAGUAAACUCACGGUUCCCCUCGCUCCCUACCAAGCCUUGCAACUGCAAAGCUCUGCUGAUUUAUCUGGCACCAAAAUCGAGUCUCAGGAAGAUGUGGCCGUCUUGACUGGGCACAGCUGUGUUGACCAAAACACCUACUGUGAUCACGCUGUCGAGCAGCUCCUGCCUGUCUCCAGCUGGGGCAGCACAUACAUCGUCCCUCCUCUGUCCUUCCAAGCCAAGUUUGACAUUGCGUACAUUGUCGCCUCCCAAAACACUCGCAUUGACUAUCAGUCAGGGCCCACACGAGAUUCUUGCAACAUAUUGGCUGGGCAGGUUGUUGAAUUUCAAGUCCAAGUCUCUCACCCACUUUACAUCUCUGCUAGCACCAGCAUCCAGGUUCUUCUCUUCUUCACUGGUGCUAAAAAUGGGAAAUCCACAUAUGACCCGUUCCUCAUCAACAUCCCACCCGUCACGAACUACUGCCAGUCCUACCACACUGAUGAGGUGAAGGAGUUUGAGAACCAUGUGCUGAUCAUAGUCAAGAGCUCAGAGUCCAGCAGGAUCAUGUCUGAUCAGAAAGCCAUAGGAAAUGUCCAGUGGAGGCAGAUCCCUGGCAUGGAGUAUUCUUGGGGAGAGUACAGCUUUGGCAUAGGGAUUAGUACCCAUUCCAUACAGCACCCGAGCUCGCCCUUCAGUCUGCUGAGCUUUGGAGGGAGAAUGCACAGUGGAUAUGGCUCAUCUGGCCUUUGUGCAUGCAGUAACCCAACCCUGUCCUGCAGCAUUGUUCAAUGCAGGAAGAAAGAGAUGUGUCAGAUUGUAGAUGGCCGCCCGGUGUGUGUGGCUGAGUCAGAAUCCAUCUGCUGGGCUCAGGGAGACCCACAUUAUCACACUUUCGAUGGGCGGAAUUUCGACUUCAUGGGCACCUGCACCUACACCAUCGCCAAGACCUGCGGCUCAGACUCAACUCUCCCGUCAUUCAGUGUCAAGGCCAAGAACGACAACAGGGGCAACACGCGUGUCUCCUAUGUUGGUUAUGUGAUGGUUGAAGUCUAUAAUGUCACUGUCUCAGUGGUCAGAUAUGAGACUGGGUUUGUGAGGGUGAAUGACCAGCGCUCCCGCCUGCCCAUCUCCCUGCUUGAGGGGAAGCUGAAGGUGUAUCAGAGUGGAGGUUCUGUGGUCAUUGAGACUGACUUCUCCCUGAGGGUCUCCUAUGACUGGAACAGCUACCUGGUGGUGCGGCUCUCCAGCAGCUUCUCGGAGACCAUGUGUGGCCUUUGUGGCAACUACAACGGGGACCCUGGGGACGACUUUGCUACCCCAGCCGGGGCACUGGCUGCCAACUCCGUGGAGUUCGAGAAGAGCUGGAAGGUGGAGGAUUGGGACAGGUUCUGCUGGGAUGACUGCCAUGGGGAGUGCAAGAGCUGCUCCCCAGAGCUGGUCAGCAGGUACAAAGCUGAGCCCUUCUGCGGCUGGAUCACCAAAGAGGUGAGUGGCCCCUUCAGCCGGUGCCACUCCAUGAUCGACCCCAAAAACUACCUGGACAACUGCGUCUAUGAUUUGUGCAUGAACGAUGGCCUCAAGGAAAUGCUGUGCCGGGCACUGACAACCUACGCUGAUGCCUGCCGGAGAAAGAGGGUGGCCAUCUCCGAGUGGAGGAUACCCACAGGGUGCUCUCUGCCCUGCCCAGUGAAUAGCCAGUAUAAGGCUUGCGGCUCUGCCUGUCCUGCCACCUGCAAUGACCAAGCGACCCCUAACAACUGCUCCUUGCCCUGCGUGGAGACCUGCCAGUGCAACGAGGGCUUCGUGCUGGAUGCUGGGAAAUGCAUCCCCAAGGCUGGAUGUGGGUGCGAGUUUCAGGGGCGUCUGUAUUCUCUCGGAGAGCAAUUCUGGGGGGAAAGCACCUGCACAAGACAGUGCCUCUGUGACCCACAAACCAAGCAAGUGAACUGCCAGGCCACUGGAUGCAGGACUGGGGAGCAGUGCCGGGUAGAGAAUGGUAUCCAGAACUGCUACCCCAACAGCUACGAAACCUGCUCAGCUUCGGGGGAUCCUCACUACAUCAGCUUUGACAGGAAGAAGUUUGACUUCCAGGGCACCUGCCUGUUUCAGUUCGCCGGGCUGUGCAACAAAAGCCAGGACCUGGUGGAUUUCCAGGUCCUAGUUCAGAACGACCAUCGGGGCAGCCAAGUCGUGUCCUUCACCAAAGUUGUGCAGGUCAAAGUCUAUGAGGUCGACAUUGUGAUCAGCAGGGAAAACCCUGGAAGGGUCGUGGUGAGCUUAUCAAAUCUUUCUAUCCUUUCUUGGUCAGUCAUCAGACCUGUCUUCCUUUACCAUGUUCAGUCACCGAACCUUCUUUCUUUCCUGUGGUCAGCCAUCAUUUUCUUCUUUCCUGAGUUCGCUCAUUUUAUCUUUUCUUUUACCCAGGACACUGUGAACAGCGUGCUGAUCAACCUUCCAUAUAGCACCAACGACAGCAAGAUCUCCAUAUACCGGAGGGGGAAGGAAGCCACGAUCCAGACUGACUUUGGUCUCACCGUCACCUUUGACUGGCAGGGCCGGAUCACUGUCACAGCUCCAAGCACCUAUGCUGGAGCCGUGUGCGGUCUCUGUGGGAACUUCAACGGGGACAAGGGAGAUGAGUUGACCAUGAGGGGCGGCACAUUGGCCCCGAACCCAACGGCCUUUGGGCAGAGCUGGAAGGUGAAGGAUAUCCCCGGCUGCGUGGAGGUUGCCAAGGACGAAUGCUCAGAUCUUGAAGCUGUUGAGACACGCCAACGAGGAAUGAAUGGGGAGUGCGGGAUCCUCUUAGAUAAGAGUGGCCCCUUCCGAGAGUGUCACAGCAAAGUCGACCCUGAGAGCUACUUCCAAGACUGCGUGUACGACUAUUGCUUCUUCAAAGGCCAACAAGCUGUGAUAUGCCAGCUUAUCACUAGCUAUGCUGCAGCCUGCCAGGCCGCCGGGGUGACUAUAUAUGCCUGGAGGACCAACUCCUUCUGCAGUCUCUCCUGUGCCCAAAACAGCCACUACGAGGUCUGUGCCCAUGGCUGCCAGUCGACCUGCAGCAGCCUCUAUGCCCCAGUUCAGUGCUCGGCCCAGUGCUGGGAAGGUUGCGUGUGUGAUGAGGGCUUUGUGCUCAGCGGUGAUGAGUGUGUCCCUAUAUCCCAGUGUGGCUGUGUCUACCUGGGAUUUUAUUAUAAGGCUGGGGAGACCUUCCACCCAACAUGCCAGGAGCAGUGUGUGUGCCAGGCCAGCGGAGACGUGGUAUGUAAGGGGUUGUCCUGCCGCCCUAAUGAGGAGUGCAAGCUGGUGAAUGGUAUCCGGAAAUGCCAGCCUGUCGGAUCCGCAACGUGUUCUGCUGCUGGAGACCCCCACUACCUCUCCUUCGAUGGGGUCGCCUUUGAUUUCCAAGGCACCUGCACCUACACCCUGGCCAAGAGCUGCACCAACACUGGGAACCUGACGUCCUUCGGUGUGAAGGUGAAGAACGUGCCCUGGGGCAAUGGGAAGGUGUUUGUCACCAAGCUGGUGUCCGUGGAGGACUAUGGGUUCAUACUCACCUUGCUGCAGAACAAGAAGGGGCUCAUCAUGGUGGACGGGGUUUCCCAUAACCUCCCUGUGGUUGUGGCUGAUGGGCAGCUCCAAGCAUAUCGGCACGGUGGAAACGUGCUGGUGCAAACUGACUUCGGCCUCACUGUGAGCUACGACCUGGUUUACCAGGUCAGAGUCACUGUCCCAGGGAACUACCAGGGCCAGAUGUGCGGCCUGUGCGGGAACUACAACAGGCGUCAGGAUGACGAGUUCCUGCUCCCUGAUGGCAGCACGGCCUCUAACGUGGCAGCCUUUGGUUCCGCCUGGAAAAUCCCGAUCCCGGAGGCAGCCUGUGAGGACGGAUGCACCGGGACCAGCUGCCCGGUCUGUGAGGAGAGGAAGAAGGACGUCUUCAAACAGCGCAACUACUGCGGGCUGCUCACGGCCCCCGACGGCCCCUUCAUCGCCUGCCACGGCACGAUCAGCCCCACUGUGUAUUUCAACAACUGCCUGUAUGAUGUGUACCUGGGCAACGGGGACUCCCAGGUCCUGUGCCAGAGCAUCCACAGCUAUGUGACGGCCUGCCAAGAGGCCGGGGCCACCAUCCAGCCCUGGAGGAGCACCUCCUUCUGCCCUCUGCGCUGCCCAGCCAGCAGUCACUACGAGGUGUGCGCCGACCUCUGCACCAGCACCGGUGCCAGGAUCACCGAUGCCAGAAAGUGCCCAGACACCUGCGCUGAAGGCUGCCAGUGCGACGAUGGCUUCCUCUUCGAUGGCCAGGGCUGCGUGGCUCUGCAGAGCUGUGGGUGCUUCAAAAAGGGGAUAUAUUACAAGCCCAACGAAAUGGUCCUGAAGAACAAGUGCCAGCAAAGCUGCACCUGCAUUCCUUUCCAAGGAGUCACCUGCGAGGCCCACAGCUGCGCCAGUGAUGAAACCUGUGAGAUCAGAGAUGGAAUCAUGCAAUGUAUCAACAAAGAUCCCUGCAAAGUCCUGAAGUGCCGGACCAAGGAGACAUGUAAGAUUGAGGACGGCCGUGCGAUGUGUGUUCCCAACUACACUUGAACCUGGUGGGGCUGGGGGGACCCGCACUAUCACACCUUCGACGGGCUGAACUUUGACUUCCAGGGAACCUGCACCUACACCCUGGCCAAGUACUGUGGGACCGACCCCACCCUGGUGCCCUUCAACAUCACUGAGAAGAACGACAACAGGGGGAGCAACCAGGCUGUCUCCUACGUGCGCCUGACCAACAUCUACAUCUAUGGCUACAAUAUCUCCAUUUACAUGAAGGAAGUUGGGAAAAUCAGAAUCAAUGACGUGACCACCAGCUUGCCGGUGACCCUUGAAGACGGUAAAAUCAAGCUCUACCAGAGUGGUCUCAGUGCUAUCCUGCAGACAGACUUUGGUCUGCAGGUGUCGUAUGACUGGAAUUGGCACCUGAUCAUCACCCUCCCCAGCAGCUAUUAUGGGGCCACAUGCGGCCUUUGUGGGAACUUCAACCAAAACCAUGGAGAUGACAUGGUGUCACCCAACGGGACCCGAGUCUCUUCCAUCGUGGAGUGGGCCAGGAGCUGGAAAGUUAAAGACCGAGAUCCUUUCUGCUGGGAUGAUUGCCAAGGGAACUGCCCAACAUGUGAAGAGAGCAGGAAAGAGAUCUACGGGGGCGAUGAAUACUGUGGUUUGAUCAGCAAAGCACCGGGAGGGCCCUUCAGAGAGUGUCACCCCAAAGUGAGCCCCGAGGACAUUUUUGACAGCUGCAUCUAUGACGUGUGUCUGAACAGGGGAGCCAAGAACAUCCUGUGCCAGGCGCUGGAGGCCUACGCAGCCAUCUGCAAGAAACAAGGCAUCAUCGUCUAUGACUGGAGGACACCAUCCGGCUGUGUCCUGCCCUGCCCUGAGAACAGCCACUAUGAGGCCUGUGGGAACGCCUGCCCGGCCAGCUGCUCUGAUAGAACUGCCUCCUCCUCCUGCCGGGAGCCCUGCGUGGAGACCUGCCAGUGUGACAACAGUUACGUCCUCAGCGCCGGCCAGUGUGUCCCGGUGGGGAGCUGCGGAUGUAACUAUAAUGGCCACUACUACAAACCCAGCGAGGAGUUCUGGGCCGAUGAGAACUGCCACUCUCGGUGCAGAUGUGAUCCCAGCUUGGGCAUGGUGGUUUGCCAGGGGACCAGCUGCAAGGCCAGUGAGAGAUGUGCUGUGGUCAACGGGAUCUGUGGCUGCCAUGCAAUCAGCUACUCCACAUGCACGGCCUCCGGGGACCCUCACUACACCACCUUCGACGGGAAAAAGUACGAUUUCAUGGGCACCUGCAUCUACCAGCUGGCUGGGGUCUGCUCUGAGGACCCCACACUCACCCCGUUCAACAUCAAGGUGGAGAAUAACAAUCGCGGCAGCAAGGCCGUCUCCUAUACCAAAGUGGUGACCUUGGAGGUCUAUGGCAGAAACAUCACUGUCAGCCAGCAAUAUCCCCGCAAGAUCAAGGUGGACGGAGUCUUCAUGGACCUGCCGUUCUACCAUGAGGAGAAGCUACAGGCCUACAUCAGUGGAUCCCACAUCCUCAUCAAGACCGCCUUCGACCUGAGGGUGACCUUCGACUGGAGAAGCCUGGUCCGGGUCACCGUGCCCAACACCUAUGCCAACGCCCUCUGUGGCCUCUGUGGCAACAACAACCAAACUGCCAGAGAUGACCUGACCAAGAGGGAUGGGAGCCAGGCGGCCAAUGCCCUCCAGUUUGCAGAGAGCUGGAAGAUGGGGGAGGUCCAUGGGUGCUUGCCCAGUUGCAUCAGGGACUGCCCAGUCUGCAGUGAGGAUCAGAGACAACCCUACAAGGGAGAUCGGUACUGCAGGGUCCUCACCAGAGGGGAUGGGCCAUUCAGAGAGUGCCAUGAGGUCAUCGACCCAGCCCCCUUCUUUGAUGACUGUGUCUUUGACACCUGCCAGUACAAGGGUCACCAUGACGCUCUCUGCAGUGCUGUCAGUGCCUACGUGACGGCCUGCCAGGCCAGGGGCAUCCAGAUACGGCAGUGGAGAUCGGCCUCAUUCUGCAGUCCCACCUGCCCCCAUAACUCCCACUACGAGCUCUGUGGGAGCGGCUGCCCUGCCACCUGCCACGGGCUCUCGGCGCCGGACGGCUGCGAUGCCCCCUGUGCCGAAGGGUGUUUCUGCGAUGCCGGGUUCCUCCUGAGCGGAGACCGGUGCGUCCCCGUCGCGCAGUGCGGCUGUGUGCACCAGGGCACGUACUACAGGAAGGGAGAAGAGUUCUACUCCAGCGCCUCCUGCCAGGAGAGGUGCCGGUGCCAAGACAAUGGGAUCGUUGAGUGCCAGGAAGCCUCCUGUGGAGCCAACGAGCAGUGCAGGGUGGAGAAUGGAAUCCUAGGCUGCCACGCCACGGGCUGCGGCAAAUGUGUAAUGUCUGGUGAUCGUCACUAUCUGACCUUUGAUGGACGGGCCUUUGAUUUCCAUGGCACUUGCACUUACAGCUUAGCCAGAGUCUGCAGCAGUGACACUGGGCUGGCAAACUUCUCCGUGGUGGUAGAAAAUGAGAGCCACAGUAAUGGCCAAGUGUCAGUGGCAUGGAUGGUGGUGUUCUCCGUUCAUGGUUACACCAUCAUGGAGAGGGGAAGGAAGUGGAAAGUCACGGUGGACGGGGAGCUCUACACUCUCCCACUGGCUAUGGACGAUGGGAAACUUCAGAUCAACCAGGAGGGGAACAACCUCAUUGUCUGAUCUGCCUCUGGCCUGCAAGUCCUUUACGACACCUCCCAUUAUGUCCUAGUCUCCAUCCCCAGCUCCUACAAGGGACACGUGUGCGGCUCGUGCGGCAACUUCAACGGCGAGAAGAAAGACUACUUCCUGCUGCCCAGUGGGAAGAGCGCCCAGUACGCGGAUGAGUUCGGGGCCUCCUGGAAGGUGCCCGUUGAUGGUGCCACGUGUGCCAGUGGCUGUGGUGAGAGGUGCCCUGUCUGCGAUGCAGCCAAGACAGCGCCGUACCAGGUGGAGAGUUCCUGUGGGCAGAUCAGAGCCACCUCGGGUCCCUUCAGAGACUGUCACUUGCUGGUCAGCCCUGCCAAGUACUUCAACCAUUGUCUCUAUGAGUGUGCUGCCAGUGGGGUGGAAGAGACCCUGUGCCAGAGCCUCCAGGCAUACGCGGCCGCGUGCCAGGCAGCUGGGGCCAAAAUCAGAGCCUGGAGAACGGCCUCCUUCUGCCCUUUCACCUGCCCGGCCAACAGCCACUACGAGCUGUGCACUAGAUCCUGCAAUUUCACCUGCGCUGGCUUGUUCUCCCCUGCCCAGUGCACUGCAAAAUGCUUUGAAGGCUGCCAGUGUGAAGCCGGCUACGCAUUCAAUGGGGAAACGUGCACGUCCAUGGAAGGAUGCGGCUGUGUGCGUGAUGGACGCUACAUCAAGGCCAGGGAGAGCAUCAUCUCCAGCGCUUGCUCCGAGAAGUGCACCUGCCAGGCCUCAGGCGGGCUCGUCUGCGAGCCACACAGCUGCCCCAACAAAGAUAUCUGUGCGCUCCAGGAUGGGGUGCGUGGCUGCAUGAAGCAGGAAGGCUGGUGCACGCUGCUCCCCGGAGCCCAGCUCACCUCCUUCGACGGCGCCUCUGGAGGAGAUCUCCACAGUGGAGCUUACGAGCUGGCCUCUCUCUGCAAUGACAGCGCCCCCUCCUGGUUCAGGGUGGUGGUGGAUAUCAGGGCAUGCAGUGACGGGGCCGUGAUGGCUGGGACAACCGCCUACAUUUUCUUCAAAGAUGCUUUCAUAGCUGUGAAAAGGAACAAGGAGACCUGGGUGAAUGGGCGCCUGGUGCAGCUGCCGGCGAACGUCUCCGAUGCUGUGUCUGUGCGCGAGUCUGAGGGCGGCGUGGCUGUGAUCCAGGCCUCGGGGAUGACUGUUCUGUUCAGCCCCAGCGGGGAGGUAACAGUGAGUUGUCGAGAGCCUGGCUAACAAGCUGUGCGCAUCCUGCGGGAACUUCAAUGGCGACGUCUCCGACGACCUGCAGUUGCCCAGCGGGAAGGUUGUAGGCAACAUUGCUGAGAUCAUUGAUGCCUGGAAGGCCAGAGACUUCUUUGGGUGUAACGUCUAAACAAAAUCCUGGCUGCUGAAGCAUUUUCCCUCC